UUGAAAUCCCUGAGAGCAGGAGCAGAGGCAGAGAGAAGGAGUGAGAGAAGGAGUGAGAGAAGGAGAGAGAGAAGGACGUGAGGAGCAUGAGGAGCUGAGGAGGAACUUUAUGAAACUUCUUCUUCUCCGUGGAUCCUCUGCUCUCUUCUCCCCAUGAGUGCUGCGAGUGUGCUGUCUUUCAGUCCGUCGGCGAUGCCCGGCCCGGUCAUGGAUGUGGCCAUGAGAUUCUACAUCAGCCACUCGCCCCCCCCCCUCCGGGGUUUCCUCAGCUCCUACGAGGAUCUGCAGCGAGCCAACAACCGGGUCAACCAGUCGGCCGCCGCCGCCGGGCGCCACCACCACCAGCGGCGCUACCAGCCGCUGCGGCCCUGCCUCAGCAGCCAGCACCGGGACGCCGGCGGCUGCGAGUCCUGGACCAACCGGGCCGGGAAGAAGCGGGUGGUGUUCGCCGACACCAAGGGGAUGUCGCUCACCGCCAUCCACGUCUUCUCCAAGUUCGACGACGAGCCGUACCAGACGAAGCGGGUCGGAGGCGUCGUGGAGGACCUGCAGUUCGACAUGACCGACCUGGAGGCCGCCGCCAAGGAGCUGAAGAUCAGCCCGGCCGGCCGCCUGGCGCUGGACUUCAGCCAGCCCUCCGCCGACUACCUGGACUUCCGGAACCGCCUGAUCCAGAACUCGGUCUGCUUGGAGAACUGCUCCCUGCAGAAGCGCUCGCUGACCGGAACCAUCAAGGUCCGGAACCUCGGCUUCGAGAAGUCGGUGCAGGUGCGCACCACCUUCGACUCGUGGAGCAGCUUCACGGACGUGGCGUGCACCUUCAUGAACAACGUGUACGGCUGCCCGGACACGGACACCUACGCCUUCGUGCUGGAGCUGCCGGCCCACGUGCCGCCGCAGAACCACGUCCAGUUCUGCAUCUGCUUCCAGGUCCAGAGUCAGACCUUCUGGGACAAUAACGACGGCAAGAACUACGUCCUCAAACACGUGGGCCUGAACGGCGAGGACCUGAACGAUCGCUCGUCCCAGACUCCUGCCGAGCACAAGAAGAGUCCGGAGCAGAGCGGCGGGGGGGUGAAGCUCCUGGAGCUGGACUUCGAUCAGUUCGGGAGCCCGCGCAUGUCCAGCGGCCUGUUCCCCGGCUGGCAGAGCUGGGGUCAGAUCGAUAACAAGGUGCCUUACUGGUGAGAGCGGGGGGGGACUCGGUGGAACCGGAGCAAAGCAAACAACCGAUGCUUUCCAGCAGAGGAAGAACCCAGAAGGUUCCGUGCUCAGCUGACCUGAGAACUGAGACACACCUUCCUCUGCUGGGAACUACACAAGUGCCUUCAAAGUAAAACACACACACACACACAGUAUCUGUACAAUCCACAGCUAAUGUCUGAUGUGUUCAACGUGCACUGAGUGAUUGAGACCCGCCUCUCAAUGUGAACCUGUGGAGUGAAGCAGCAGAAGAGGAUGAAGUCCUUCAUAUUGAAGGAAACGCACGGGGACGACUCUGCUGAAGCAAACACAGCUGAUUCAUUUCACACUAAACUUUUGCACCUUCAGAAACGUAAUUAAACACGAUUGAAAGUUGAGGUCACGCUGCCCCUGGUGUCCCGCGCUGUGAACUGCACAUGUUUGACUGAUGCUAAAUGUUUGGAUGAUGUAAUUUUGGGGAAAGUUUGUAAAGGAACUGAGCUGCUAUCAAAGGACGAGUCUCUGAAUGUGAUUGGUUGCCUCGAAUGAGGAAGAAGUUUGGAAAUGUGUGUGUGGUUGUCGUAUGUCGGGCGAGAGAUGGUGUAAAUACCGAAUGUUUGUGUUUGCCUGUUUUCACAAGUGCAAUUCUGUGAUGAGUGUAAAGUACGUGAGGCAGGGAUCGAGAUUCUUCUGUCUUUGAAAUGAUUUAUAUAUUUCUUUAGGGUCUGCGCACACACAAGUUGUGUGUUUCCCCUGAAGGUGUGUGUAGCUGACAAGCACUGCGUCAGGCAUGUAUUCCCCUUUUCUCAAAUAAAUUUCUAUAUUUGUGCUAAAAGA